AUUGUGACGACCCCUUGGCCGACGCGUCUCACUGAGACAAUACGAUGCGAGUAGAAACCCGUCGUUGUCAUAUGAGAUGACGUUGUCAUCCGAGAUGCCGAAGAAACGUCAUCAGAGGCUAGAUGACUAGCAAUUAAUUAGAUAUCAGAAACGAUUGAUGUUAAGUUGUGCGUGACAUUGAAAUAUUAUUGCUUAAUGCUAAAUUUGAGCUAAAAUUCCAUCUUCUAUCUAAUUGAAAUCCUGUACAUUGAACUCAUCAAGGAUUCAACUAUAUGGUAACAUUGAAACAAUAUUCUAAACUCCCUAAAUUCUAAUAUUGUAAACUUCUAUUCUUUGGUUAGGUUUGAUAAAAUCAAACUAAAUGGAAUAAUUCCUAUUUGAUUGAUAUAUUCCUGAAUAUAUGAUACGGUGUUCACCGCCGAAGAACAAUCAGUAGUUUCCGACGUGACAAAGAAGAAUCAGAAGAAGUUGUAGAUCUACGAGAAAAGAACUAAAUGAAGUUUUUAUCGGGCUAUUAAAGCGAUUAAAAACUUGGAAACCGCUUCUUUUCUUCUGUUGAUUGAACAUCAACAAUAUAAAAACUUCAUUUACCCGCACUGGAAGCUUCACCUACGGAAUGUCGCGACGGAACCAGCAGCAGCGAGUGGCCGCUGCCAAUGAGAAGGAUACCGGCUGCAAGAUGUGUACGAGUACGGACAACAGUCGCAUGGUCCAGUGCGACAAAUGCGAUGCCUGGUACCACUUCGAUUGCGUGGGCGUGACCGCCGACAUCGAACAUCACGACUUCGUGUGCGCCACAUGCAAGACUGCUAAAGGAGGAGUCAAAAAGAAGCGUAAGACGUCUGCAAAGGUACCCUCAGAUGCCCCACCGCCCGUAAGUACGCAUGCCGAUGACCAGGGAACCGUUCAUUCAGAGCUAAUUGGAAAUGCACCCCAAAAUGCGUCCGUCUACGUCGUUACCCCGAUGACGACAAGUACAAGCGUCAUCAGUACCGCUCCCGUAAUGUCAACUACGCAAAUCGGUUUCUCAACCGCAGGUCCACCCUUCGCGCAUGAUCCAACUGUUUUACAAUUCCCAUACUCUACGUACGCCCCCGUAGUCGCUCGCGCCCCAGUAGUACCGGGGUUGACCUCCGUUACUCCGCAAGCCUCAAUGCCUUGUCUAUCACUACCCUCGGGACUGCCUCCACCCCGCUGUCAAUCUCCUCGUAUGUGA